CGCAUGAAUGAUCAACCGACAAGUGCCGAAAUAAAAAAGAAUCGAACAUUGUGGUUAUAAAGAGUGUGUGGCUAACUCCUUUCCAAGAAGGUGUACGUUGCUUGUUCGCACGAGACGAGCCUCAGUCCGUUCGAUUAAGGCGGAAUGAAGUAUGCAGACCUCUUUAUCGAAACAAGCAAUCGGUUGCAUCGGAAAGUGCACUUCCGGCCUGAAUCCUGAAGAAUUAGACCAGAUCACGGAUAAUAUAAAUAAGACAUUGGCGCAUCCACAAGGAAGAGAAAUUUUUAAGAAGUAUUUGGUGCAACGAGACCUCAGGGAUAAUCUUGAGUGUUUAGAGCUGUACGAAACUUGCUGCGACUUUAUCGACCAAGAAAAAAGUUGUUCGCACUCGAAAAAGGAAUCCUCCUUGGAGUCGUUAAUUGAAAAUGUCACACGAGUCAAGGAAAUGGCGGAAGACUUGGAUGGGGUGCCUCAGAUAGAUAUGGCCCUUCUGGAACGUUUCAACGAGGCUUUAAAUAGUGACUCGAGAACAGCUUUACUUGGCGUUUUGGUGGAUACCAGGGAUCGUUCUCGGGAUCAUUUGAGACGCGCUCACGUAGGUUUUAAGAAAUAUGCGUCCGAGCCCUGUCCUAUGACUAAAUAAACGUCCCUUUUCAACGUUUUCACAUUUUUUUACAUAAUCAUUGUCGCAAGUACUAUUAUGACUUGUACAAAUGUUAAACCAUUUCUCUUGGUUUGUGUUGUUCAUUUUUGAAAUGCGACUUAUAAUGUUGCUUAAAUCUGUAAUAAUUAACGUGCUGAGCACGUUGUACGUAUCAGUGUAUAAGUCCUGUGAUGUUUAACAAUCACCAAUUUGUAUUUAUUUAUAUUAUACACAUAAUUUAAUAAAAAAAA